GAUAUGGACAUUUCCAGUUGACCUUCGAUGGUGCGGCAACGGGGUUGAAAACCAUGGAAACCUAGGUGCUAGCGAUGUACAUUAGGAUAGGAUUGAAUAGCUUGAUAUCUGUGGUGAUUGUCAUCCUGGUGGCAGCCUAUCUCUACCGCCGAAAUCCGGAAGGAAAUGCUGGCACAAGAAAGGCGUCCAGGAGACCGCCAAAUCCGGAGGAUCCACUGCCGCCCUCCAACUCGCCGCUCCACGAAUUCUCGCGGGCGGCCGUUUGUUCCGACAGCGAUGUGUGCAGCCAGUUGGCCAGAAAGGUCCUGGCCAACGGAGGAAGUGCAGUGGAUGCCGCCCUGGCGGCCCUGAUUUGCAACGGACUCAUUGGGAUGCAGAGCAUGGGCAUCGGCGGCGGCAUGGUGAUGAACGUUUACGUUGCCAAGGAGAGCAAAUCCUACAGCAUCCUGGCCAGGGAAAUGGCGCCGUUGGCCCUGCGGGCGGAGAACUUCUCGUCGUUUCGCGAUGAGCAGGAUUUCAAGAGAUCCGGAUGGUCCAUUGCCGUGCCAGCUGAAUUAGCCGGAUAUGCGGUGGCCCAUCAGAGAUUCGGGCGGCUGAAGUGGCAGGAUUUGGUGUUGCCCACUUUGGAACUGUGUCGUCGUGGCUACCGAUUGUAUAAGCACCAGUACGAUGCGCUCAUACUCAACCAGGACAUGAUCAGGGCCGAUCCCGGCCUGCGCCGUAUGUUCAUCGAUCCCAGUACCGGGCGCUUCUGGCCAUUGGGCCAUCUCAUCCGCCCCUCGGCUCAAUUGUGCACCACCUAUGAUCGGUUGGCCAGAGAGGGACCACUCAGCUUCUACAGGGGAUCCAUCGCCGAUGAUCUGCUGGCCGACUUAAAGGACGCGGGCAGUGCCAUAACUAAGGAAGACCUCAACCAAGCCCAUGCCAAGUUGAGUAGGUCCAUUGUGAUGCCCCUGGAUGAACAUGAUCUCCAUUUGACUCCUCCGCCGGGAAGUGGUCACGUUAUCGGCUUCAUAAUGAACAUACUGAAGGAGUUUCGCGCGGAAUUCUCAAGAGCCGGAACUAUGAGCCCACGGCAGAUCCAUUUGAUGGUCGAGGCGAUGAAGUUUGGAUUCGUCAAGCGAUGGCAACUGGACGCAUCGGCCAGCGAGGAGCUUUUGGCGAAUUUGACCAGUUUUGAAUGGGCCAAAUCCGUGGCCAGGCAAAUUAACCACACACAGACCUUUAACAGCCCAGAGUUCUAUGGAGCUUCUCCUGGCAUUCAAAUACGAGAUGAGCACGGCACUGCGCACACUUCCGUGCUCCAUGAAAACGAUGCUGUUUCAGUGACCAGCUCUAUCAAUUUCUAUUUCGGCAGUGGACGAACUGGCAGACGUACAGGUGUAAUCUUCAACAACGCCAUGUCGGAUUUCUCCAUUGAGCAGCUGAAGAACUACUUCGAUCUGCCCUUCGUGGCUGGCACGAAUGGUGUAGCUCCGGCCGCCCGUCCCAUGUCCUCCAUGAGUCCAGUGAUUGUCACCGAACGCGCCACUGGCAAAGUUCGCCUGGUUGUGGGUGCCGCUGGCGGUACCAAAAUAAUCACCGCCCUCGUUCCCCUUCUCGUGCGCAUCCUUUGGCAGGAAGCAAGCAUCAAGGCCGCCAUCGAUGCCAGUCGCAUCCAUCACCAAAUGCUGCCCAACGUCCUGCUCUACGAGUAUGGACUACUGCAGAGCUAUGUGGAGAGCUUGGAGGAUAGAGGACAUCGAUGCGAACGAUAUGAGAACCGCGGAUCCGUCAUCUGUGGCAUCGCUCAAGAAAACGAUACCAUCUGGGUGAACUCUGAUUUCCGGAAGCCAGGUGGGGUUAGUGGAUUUUAG